GCAUCUUUGGUGAUGUUUACAUAUUUUGUAUCAUGGGAGUAAUGGAGUCCCCCCCGCCCCUGAUAUAAUUUGACCUACGCAACUAUGUGGUUUCGAUAUUUAUCCACAGUGUUCCCAGCACGUCAAACGGUGGCGAGCGUCGGUAAACGUCCAGACCGCACAAAGACUCAUCGGGUUGGUGCGACGCACAAGUUAUGACGGUAAGGACCAGUUUCGCUGUGCGCUCUCCGUUGUGUAGCACGUACGAGGCCCCCUGUGCAAAUAUGCGGCCUGCUGACAUCCAUCACGCCUGUCGGCUAAUGGAGGUCGAGGACCUGCUGGAGCUACACAGGAAGUGCUAAUAAUGCUUCACAGAAACUGGAAGAGUCACAGAAAGGUGGACGUCCUUGGAAAUGAAUUUGGAUGCAUGUCAAAUGUUAAGCAAGGCCCGACUGACUUAUUGACAUAUUCCUCAAGCAGAACCGUAUACACACGGCGGAGCAGGUCCGACUGGUCCGACCGAAGGCGGCUUGCCAGGCGGGCGGGGGGGGAGUGCCUCUUCUGAGAAGGUGGUGCUGUGUCAUAGUGAGAAAAGAAGACAGAACAGCCAGACUUGGAAUGAAAGAGGAAGGCCAGCGCAGACCAGUUUUACAACAGGAGGUCCGUUUAUGGAACUGCUGGUGAUGUGAGAGUUCCUCGACAGAAAGCCUCGACUGGAAAACACCGACGGCCGACAUGAGCGCCGAGCGGGAGAGGCGGCGGCCUCGUCGUAGCCACAGCCACGACGCCCGACCGCCCCCCAACGUUAAGCCCCGGAUGGACAACCGUCGCCCGCAAAAUGUCCGGAGGUCCAGGAGCUCCGACUCGGAGCGAGGGCGGCGGAGAGAGCACCGCUCGGGGGAGCCCAACCAGCAACGGCAUCGGCAUCAGCACCGGCGCCGCAGGAGCGCCGACGAGCGCCCCCCGCCGCCCGAGGGAAGCGACAGCGACGAUCUGGAGUGCGCCAUCUGCUUCUGCUCCUACGACAACACCUUCAAGACGCCCAAACUGCUGGCCUGCGGCCACACCUUCUGCCUGGAGUGCCUGGCGCGCAUCAACGUGACGGCGCCCGAGCUCAAGACGCUGUCGUGCCCCGUGUGCCGCGAGCUCACCGACAUCCCGCACGGCCAGGACCUGCCCCGCCUGGGCAACAACCAGGACAUCAUCGGCAAGCUCCCGCCCGAGAUGCGCCGCGCCAAGUCCAUCCGCUUCAAACGCAGCAAGGGCAAGCUGCUCCUGAAGAACACGGCGGCGCCCAGCGGCCCGGCCAACGUCGGGGUCCUCACACUGCCGCACAAGAGCCACGAGACCCAGGCGGCGCCCGCCGACGCUUUACGCCUGGACGCCAUGGAGGGCGGCGUGGAGCCCGCCACCGUGGUGGACGUGGGGCGCCCGCCCAAUAGGGUACACGGACGCAUCCGCCGCUUUUUCCGCUCGGACCGCUGCUACUACAUCACGGUGGCCACCGUGGUCACCAUCACGGUGCUGCUCUUGCUUGGGGGAAUCCUGGCGUUUGUCAUCAUCCCCAACACCGCCAUCAACCCCAGACCCCCGCCCGGGAACCAAACGAGGCCUCCGCCUUCACGGAACGCUUUCACGACAUCGCCGUGACCUGGGGAGCAAACUUUCAGGAAUUUUCAUGGAAUUUCAUUGGGAUAAAGUUUUCAACAUGGACAAGAAAUAGACUGCUCGGCAAAAGUUGGGGACUCAGUUAGGCUGUCUCAACAUACACUGCGGUUUUAAUUUAACAUUUUUUUUUAAACCACUAAAAUGUUCCAUUAUGAGCUUUUUCUUGUCAGUCAGUGUUUUAGUACUUUUUGUACAAGUUACUGUUUGACAACAAGGAGCUAAACAACAAUAAUUCACAUGGUUUUCUUGUUUUUAAUUCUCAACAAUUAUAUGCCUGUCUGGAUGUUGUAUUUUUUAUUUUUUUUUGCUUUGUGUUGCAAGCAGAAAUUGUAUAAGCAGGCUUUAGAUGUGUGAACUAAGGUGGGAAGAAAAGAAAUGCAAUUUUUGCACAGAUGACUGCUUAUAACAAAACUAAAUGUUCUAUAUAUUAUUCUGGAUUAUGAUACCAUUCUAUUAAAUAACCAAUUUAAUUUCCAUGGAAAUUUACUGGAAUUUGCUAACCCACUUCAAACCCUUACUGUGACGUUUGAACUAAUCACUGCUUUACUACGUGUUUGGCCGAGGUGAAGAAAUGAAGCCAAACGAGGAUGGUGGCAUUUUUCAAAUGAAGGACGCACCGACUUGGAACCGCACGCGAGGGAAUGUAUUGUUGUUUAUGACCCAGCUAGCUUUCCAUUGCCAUGUUUAUACGUGUGAAUUUAUUGUAAAUAACCUAUUUGUAAAUGUUUUUCAAACCUACCAGGAACGGGUCAAACUCUAUAAAGAGAAGUUAUCGCAAUUUUUUAUUUUUUGUACAAUGCUAUGUUCUGUUCGGCCCCACUAAUCUAAACAGUAUUAUGAUUAAUAUUGUGGAAUAUGAAGCAACAAAAUCCACUCGUUUUGAAUCCAUCUCAGAAGACGGCCAUUUUGCCACGUCACAUGAUCAAACUCCGAAACCCUGAUCUCAUUUGGUCAAUGCUAAGCCAGCCAAAAUGUAAAUAACAUGAACAGUGUGUAUAAAUAUAUAUUUGUGUAUAAACAAAUGAAUUUAUUGUAUGAUACCAAAUGAUUGCAAAGUUGUACAGAAUAUGUUUCACUAAAAUAAUGACUGUUGCCUGA